AUGACACAAAACCAAUCCACAUCAAAUAAUAAAAUAGACUUUGAACGUCAAGCAACGUUAGUAUCAGAUGCGGCUGUAACCAUAAAAAAUAUAAAAAAUGUCGAUGAUCAGAUUGUUACAAGCAAUAGCUUGUCAUCGUCUAACGCUACUUUAUUACAUGGAAUUGAAUUAGAUUUGCUUGUUUUUGGUCUAGGAUGUGCCAUGUUUUUAGCCUCCUUAGAUGAAACAAUUGUUGCAACCUCUUUACCUAGAAUAGUUUCAGAUUUUAAUGGAUUGGAUCAAAUCGCAUGGGUUUCAAAUUCUUAUCUACUCACAGCGACUUCCUUUCAACCAAUCUAUGGAAAAUUAUCUGAUAUUUUUGGUCGUAAAGCAACAUUCUUAGUUGCAAUUAUCAUCUUUGAAUUAGGCAUUAUAGUUACAGAUAUUGUCAGCUCCAAAGAUCAGGGAAAAUACCAGGGCACUAUUGCUGCAUGCUAUGGUGUUGCUUCCCUUACAGGCCCUCUCUUGGGUGGUGCUUUGACUGAUCAUGUCAGUUGGAGAUGGUGUUUUUUCAUUAAUCUUCCUUUAGGUGCAAUAACGAUAAUCGCUGUGGUUAGGUUUCUUCAUUUAACAAAACCAUCUGGUUCAUUACUUGAUAAAAUUAAAAGAGUUGAUAUUAUCGGCACCAUUGUAAUGAUCUCAUCAACUGUUUGUAUCUUAUUACCUCUUUAUUGGGGCGGUAGCACUUAUCCUUGGAAUAGUCCCGUGAUUAUAAUACUUUUAUGUGUCGGCGCACUCGGUUACAUAAUAUUCGGUCUUGUUGAGAACUAUAUCGUUACUGAACCACUUGCUCCACCUACACAGUCUGGAGUAGAGCUCAUACCUUACAUUCUUGGUGUGGUAACUUUCUUAUUCCUGACCGGUCAACUAUUCUCUCUAACAGACAAAAUACAGUUUCAAUUAGUUACUCUAAUUUCUUCGGCAUUGACAAUAAUUGGUGCCGGGUUAGCCAUUACAUGGAGAGAAAAUACUGGAUAUGGUGAAUAUAUAGGAUGCAUGUUAAUUGGUGGUCUUGGAAUGGGUAUAGGUCUUCAAAGAAUAGUAAUUGGGGGUGUUUUUGGAAUUGCAAUGUCAGGAACAGCAUUUAAUAAUAGACUUUCUCAAGAAUUAAGUGCUUUAACUUUACCUCCAUCAUUUUCAACGCAAUCCGUAUAUUCUAUAAAAUCAUUGCCACCAGAUACACGGCUAUUGGUCAUUCACGCUUAUGUGUUAGCAUUUCAAUUCACCUUUACGCUUUUUACAAUAUAUUGUGCGUUAAUGUUUGUUACAGCGUUGUUUUUGGGAAAUAGUAAACCAAUACAUAAGGAUGGAGAAAAUGAUUCU